AUGUCGUCGCUGUCAACGCGCGAAACUGACCGACUACGGUCAAAACGAACCACACUGAAAUCACAGAGGCAGCGAAGGGUGAUAUCGGGACCGACAACCGCUCUCAAUAGCCCACCGUUACCUCCUGAACCGCAACCAGACCGUCCAUCACCAUGGUGCGCUGAGAAUCCCGUGGAGGCCUUACCUUCAUCCACAAUCAUUGCGGCGUGCGAGACCUACCGCAAGAAAUUCCCCGUCGCCAAUUUCCUUCACUAUCCAUCUCUGAUUGCAGAAUUGUCAUCGAAUCCAGCCUCGGUUGAUCCGGUUUUUGUAGCAGCUCUGCUGUCACUAUGUGUGAGAUUCAUGCCUGAUCACCGCCUGGAAGCAGCCGAAACAUAUGCGGAAUAUGCUUGCAAGCAGCUCGCGCAUCGCGCGUUCGAGGCCCCGUCGCUCUACCUUGCGCAGUCUCUGGUGAUGAUCACCUUUUACGAAUGGGGUUCCGGUCGUCCCUACAAGGCCUGGAUGUACAGUGGAAUGGCCACGUACAUGAUUCAGUCCCUCCUCAAGACCGCCGACGAUAGCAUGGAGCACAAUCCACAAGACUUCCAGGCCAGCCAAACUCAGUACGAGCAGCUCGUUCGCACGUACUGGUGCUGUUUCGCGCAAGACUGCGAGCUGAGUUCCGGAGCACGCCAGCACUUCGCCCUUUCCUUUCGACAGAUUUCAGUUCCGUUGCCCACCAGUGACCGGGACUUCAACUUUGGUCGGCUUUCAUCGCAUCGCUUGAUGCCGUCCGAUAUGAGCAAACACUCACCGUUGUCGAGGAAUCUAACCAUUGACUAUGGACUCACGAUUGUCACCCGAGGGUUCGAUAUCUUCGUGCGGAUUCUGCGGUUCGCGAACGAGAGUCGGCGCGGUCGGACAUUGACCUUGCCUCAGGAUCCUUCAUCGCCGCGCGUGGUCUGGCAGCGCUUGAAGGAGGAACUGGACGAGUGGAGGUUUCUACAGGACGUGACGGUGCGAUACCCGGCCACCAGUGCGCAGGCGCAUGUUGCGUUGGGAUACGGCGAGUUGUUCGCAUACAUCAAUCUGGUCUAUUUCAUGAGUAUCCUCUUUCUAUAUAGAGACCAGCUCCUAUCCAGUCUCAAACCUCAUGCCGACUUGCUCCAUGAUUCGCAGCCCUUGAGUAAUGUAGACGAGUCUCAGCCUAUCGGGCAGCUCUUCGAUGCAGCGCAAAAUAUCGGCGGCAUUCUUGCCGCCCUUGAAGUCUCGGGGGCACCGGUAAUCACACCAUACUCUGGCUUCAGUAUUUUUGUCGCGGCCCAUAUCAACAUGUACGGGACUGUGUGCCCACAGCGAUAUCCUGGGGGACUCGAGCGGGCGGAAGAGGAGAAAAGGGCUAACCUGGCAUAUCUCGAACGACUGAGCAAAUACUGGCCUGUUGGACAGAAUUGGUGGCGAACCGUCCAGGAAGCCAACAGAUUCUACGAGAUAGCCCGAAACAAUCAAUUGCACGUGCGUGACGGGGCCGGUCAUCUCACGAUCGCGGGGACUCUUGACGAAUAUGGUGACAUUCGAAGCGUACGACCGCGUCAGGAAGAGUCCCAGCCCAUUCUGGAGCGGGAGAAUAUGCCGACUGCGCUAAGGAAUCGGAACAGUCAUCAAGCGGCGCUAGGGAGUCAUAGUCGUCAUCCUGGCACAGCACCGAUGGAUGCAGUGCCCUUGGGUGAAUCUCAUGAGCUACAGGUGGAAAUGCUCCAGUGGCCAUUCAUUGACGAAUCAUGGUCGUUGGGGUUUGACACUGGAUUUGACACUGCAUGGCCAUCGUUGGGGGUUGGUUCAUAG